UGUUUUUCUGGUUCGCACGUGGGGAGUGAAACAUUUAACAGCACUGGGCAACAUGGCUGCGUGCAGUGUGGAAGAGCUGUUAGCUAAAGCUGAGCAAGAAGAGGCAGAAAAACUGCGAAGUAUCUCCGUCCACAAAGAGCUGGACCUGGAGUUUGACGUCGGUAACCUGCUGGCGUGUGACAAAAACCGCAUCGAGUCCCGGGACUUCAAGGAGCAGAAGAAAGAGGACUUCCUGCGGUCUUUAGCUCGUGACAACACACAACUCCUCAUCAACGAGAUCUGGAAGCAGCCCACGGAGAGGGUCGAGGAGGCGAUAGUGGCUAAACUACCGGAGCCGACGACCCCGCUGCCCAGAGAGAAGCCGCCUCCAAAGCCCAAACCUCCGACCAAAUGGGAGCAGUUCGCCAAACUGAAGGGCAUACAGAAGAAGAAGAAGACCAACUUGGUCUGGGAUGAAACUGCGAAGGAGUGGAAGAGGCGCUGGGGCUACAAGAGGGCCAACGAUGACACCAAGGACUGGCUGAUUGAGGUGCCGGAGACCGCAGACCCGAAUGAGGACCAGUUCGCCAAACGCGUCAAAGCCAAGAAGGAGAGGGUGGCCAAGAACGAGUUCAACAGGCUGAAGAACAUCGCCAGGGCGCAGAAAGUCAAAAUCCCAGGAGUGGGGCUGACCCCUACAGCCCAGCAGUCCAAAGACGAGCUGGCCAGAGCCGUCAGUGUGGCCAGAUCCUCCACAGCAUCCGCGGGGAGGUUCCAGGACCGGCUGCCUAAAGAGAAACCACCAAAGAACACAGGCAAGAAGAGGAAGUUUGAGCCCCUCAUUGGUGACUUUUCUAAUGAGAAGCAGAAGCAGCUGGAGCUUCUGAAAAUCAUGGACAGCAAGAAGCCCAAGUUGGACAUCACCAAGGCUGUCAACAAACAGAUGAGAGAGGAGGACAGGGAGGAGGCCGCAGCAAAAUACAAGAAGGGAGCAGGGAAGAAGGGACGCAAAGGCAACAUGGGAGGAAAAGGCAAAGGAAAGGGUGGGAAAGGCAAAUUUGGGAAAGCAGGUGGAGGAGGAGGAGGUGGUGGAGGAAAGAAGAGAUCUAAACCUGGGAAGCGCUGAGGACUCUCAUCUCCUGCGUCCUGCUACAUCUGUUGUGCCUUGGCAUCAAAGCGUUGGACUGGACAUUCAUGAUGCAAUAAGUGACUGUUUGAUUCAUCUGUGAAUGAUGGGUGUGAUGUUGUGACUGUCCAGGAUUUUUGAGGCUCUUCCACUUUAUGUAAAUUAGUUUUACUGUAAAUUGGUCCCAGUAUGUGUAAUAUUAAUGUAAAACACUGAUAAAUACACUUAAAUCUUGCAGCCCAAAUUAAAAUCAGGUGAUAUUG